AUGAUGCGUGAGGUGGCAGCCGAACUUUUUUCCUCUUCUCCUCUUGCAGACUAUUCCAAAACGUCUGUUGCCUCGGCCUCCGUUUCGCCCAUCAGCCCCACGGCAAAUGGGCUCUUUGCACACUCACACAAGCACAUGUGCACACACAUAUUCACAUAUCGUGAAUGUCCUCUCAUGGCGACUCUAAAGAUGAGUGUUUUUGCUACCGGAUUUAUGUUCCGGUCUGGGUCAAUGGCGGAACAGGUUGACUGUGGUUCCGGGUCGUGGCCACUCUCACCUCGAGCGCUGACCAAGAUGGCGGACGUUGAGGCCUUUAUAAAUGGCCCUGAAUGCUGUGAAAUCAGGGCACCAGCACGGCCUUGA